AUGGAGAAUUUGUCUAAAAAUAGUUUUCUUCCGGUGAGUUUUUAGUUAGUCACUCAUUUUUAUUCUUCUUCUCCAAAAUAUUGUAGCCGAAUAAAUUAACAUGAAUAAAAAGUAAAUGCUUUGAUCGAGUCUAACCUCGCGGAAAUAUUAACUCUUUGCUCAUUUCUUCUGCAUGCGCACAUUAUUAUAAUACUUAAUUUACUCCAUUAAUUCUCGUAUAAAUUAUUUUUUUUAUCCUAUUGCUGCUAAUGGAUUUUGCCAAGAGUAUAUGAACUUUAAUUUUUCUUUUUCUUUUUUUUUUCCAUAAUUUAUUUUCCGCUUCAGAGAAUUUUCAUAUUAUUUCUGUUGUUUACUGAACUUUUAUACUUUUUUUUCCCUUUUGAUAUUAACUUUUUGGAAAACAGAAAGAGAAAUGUUCCAGGGUUGCAUAAAGUGUACUGCCAAUUUUAGAUAACAGGUUCCAGCAUUUUUCAACUACGGUAACUGAAAAAAAAAACGUUUUUUGUGUGAGUUGACCCUGUUUUUAUUGACUGCUAGGACUUGAGGACCUGUUUUAGGGUAACUCCCCGUUCUGCGUUUUUUCUUAACAGUGUUAUUUUCCGCGCGGCUAAUCGAAAUCACCUAGCAACCAACCAUUACUCAAAAACACGAAAAUGAAGUUAUCUUCUUUUUCUAUCAAGAUAUUUUUGUAAUUUGAGAGGCUUUCAAGAAUUCUUUUGAAUUGAAGAAUAAUAUUUCUAAUAAUUCUAGAAGUAUUUUUAGCAUUACCUACAUGCCUGUCACAUUUUUUAUGCCGAAAAAAGAGAAAAAUCUCAUUUUUCCUGGGUUUUUUGUCUUCUCGAUGAAGGAAUAAAAUAAGAGAAUAAUAAUUGUUCUUCCUCUCUCGUUUUUCAGUCAACUGAAAAUAGGAAUAAGAAUAACUUUUUCCCCAAUUUUUUUUGGAUGCACUUUUUAUUUUUAUUUUUGAGAAAUAAAUCAGUAGACUCAUCGGUCUCAAAUUUUUAUGCCGCUAUAUAAUUAAUUUAUUCAUAAAUUUUGUGAGCCAGAUUAUAACUCAGAGAUUCGCUGGCCAGCUCGCCACUAGAUCAGGACCAGGUGGCCGGAAAGUUCAAAACGAGCUGAAUUUGAUUCGGCCACCAGGUCGCCUUGAGUUUUCCGGCGACGUGGCCUGUGUGUUUGAAAUCCUGGAAAGCUAGCAAGACGGUGGUUUAUAUUCAAAAUAGUGCAUUUUUUACUGUUUUUUUCACUUCCUAAGGUUUCUAGUACUCCGAAAAAACAGAAAAUGAGCCAAUUUCUUCUAGAAUGCUCGGAUUCACAAGUUUUUUGGACUUUUUUCUCUUAAGCGAGGCGAUCUGGGCGCGAGGUCGGGUCGAUCUGGACAACCUGGGCGAGGUGGUCUGCAUGAACUGAACCACCUCGCGACCAGGUCGUCUCGCAAAAAAUACGGGCGAUGUGGUUGUCCGUGUCAAUUUCAGAUGGGCAGUCGACCCCACCUAGUGACCAGCUCGCCAGCGAAUCUCUGAGAAUUUUGAAAAAAAACCAUAUUGUAAUUUUUAGAGUUCAAAAGUGGCUUUCUAGAAACUGCUCCUUGAGAGCUAGAAUUUCUAGGAGCGGAUACUUGGUAUGAUAGUUCUCAACGCGUGGAAACCUCUGGAAACCAUGAACUUUUCCGAAGCGUGAAAAUAAUUUUUUAAACUAAAAAUAAUUGUUUUCCACUUUUAUUCCACAACUCAUCUCUAGGUUUCUCAUCUCACAAAGAAAAUGACAUAAUAGCAGAUGACAAAAAAUUUUCGCCGCUAAUCCGAUUUUCGUAAUUUUUCAGCAGCCCUUUUUUCUCUUCUCUGAAAACUUCCAUUCCUUGUUCUCUCACAUCAAGAAAUAGUUUGUGCCCGAGAAGUCCAAAUAAUCUAUUUCUAUUCUAUUUUUAAUCAAAUUUCGCAAAACUCUUUUUGUUCUUUUUUUGUUUUCUGAUCAAAAAUCGAGAAUUGUUGUGAAAAAAACAUACAAUUAGGCGACUGAAUUUUGGUGAAUAACCAACAAAUAUUUUAGUUUAUCUAGUUUGAUUCUGAGAAUUGAGAAAUGUAAUUUGAAAUUGAAAAAAAAUAAUACAACAUUUUCAUUUUUAAUUAAAGCCUUAUUUAUCUGUCUUAUUUUUUAUUCGUCAAAUCUCAUUAGAUAUGACGCCAUUCUGAUGAAUAAUACUUGAUAUGUUCAACACUUCUUGAGAUUUUGAAAUAUUUUAAAUGAGAUCCAAUUUUUUUUUUGAAUUUCUGGAUCGAACCAGCGCUAGGAAACUAGAAAAGUUAGACCGCCAAAAAAUAAUCCUGGUUCUAUUUUUUCAAAGAAAAAUUCUGUAGAGAGGAAUUCAAAUUUUUUACCUACAUCAGGAACCCAAAAUAUGGAUAUGAAUCUGACUAUUUCAGAGAAUUCAACCAAUUCUGAAUGUUUCCCAAAAAAUGUUCCUCACGUCAGUUCCGAUUCAAAUUUCAAUUUUUCUAUACCAAAAAUCCCCAUUUAUCGAUUGAAUUUCAAAAAGUUCCUCUCAAAUCUUAUAAGUUCACAUAUGUUUUGAACCAAAAAAUAAUUGGCUCAUUUCUCGAUUUUCACAUUUUCUUUUUUUCCGUUUGCUUUUACGGCCGCCUCUAAUUUCCGCCUAACUGACUUGUUAUAUAUUUUGCUAGUUGCCAAAUAUAUUUUUGUCAUAUUUAUUAUGUAUUUCAAUGUUUUCAGUGUUCAUUUCGUUUCUUGUUGUUUUUCUGUCUUUGAAUAUAUUUUGGAAUAAUUAGUAGAAAAUAUGUGUGUGGGCGAUUAAAAACCACCUCGAUCAAUAUAAGUCUGAAAUCGAAUUUUUGAGUUUAGGUUAGUUUAAGUCUAGACAUUGAAAAAAUAUUUUUUUAUUUAUUGGAAUAAUAACUUAGUUGCACGCAAAGUUCAGUCUGAUUUUUUUGUUAAAAUAAAAAAAUAGACGAUUCUUGAUCUACCAGAAAGUUGUGAAAAUUUUAGGGUCUAGCAUUUGUGAUAAAAUUCUGUGUCUCUCAGGGGAACUUGUGCUGAACCAAUAGGAUAACAUAGGCAAUCAAGUUUGCUCUAUCGCACCCAUGUGUGUACUUCUUUCGUUAUUCAAAUCCUAACAUGUAUCAAACAUUCUGUCCCAUAAUCAAAUCUAGGUUCUUUUAAAAUUAGUCUGAGAGGUGUUUCAAGAAUUGAAGACUUUGCCAUUUUCCAGAAAAAAUUCCAAAUGAAAAAUUUAAUUAAUUAGUAAUCAUAGAUUUUUUCUACUUCCACUCAACUCCAAUUAAAACUAUGAGUCUCUUCAAUUUCCUUCCUUCAACGAAAAAAAACCAAAAAUCAGUCAUUUUCCGCUAUUUUUUGGGAGUGCUGUGCCUGCCUAAUAUUCAUUUUUGUUCAGCUUCCUGUUUUUUGUUUUUAUUUUCAGAUUUUCAGAGCUAUUUAUAAUUUAUUCAAAAGCAGUCAAAAAGUUUUCUCGACAAUUUACAAGCUUUUGCUUUUUUUUUUGGAAUUUGUGAUUUUUGAAGCGAAACCUACAGUAGGUUCAUGUUAGCGGAAAUUUGGAAUUUAUCAGCUUCCGUUUGACACUUCAAAAAAAAACAAUUUUAUAGAAAUUUUAUGAUCGGAAGGAAGUUUCAUCAAAAUGCAGUUUCGAAUAUAAUUUUUUUCCAAUUUCCAACUGAAAAGUACACAACUUUCAUUUGUUUUUAUAUUGCCCAUAUAUUUAUUUACACCCACAUAAUUAAUUGUGUUCGCGUGCAUGUCAUCUUCCAGCUUCAUUUUUCAAGCCAGUUUGUCUUUGCCAAACUAGUAGUCAACUUUAAUCACGCUCAAAAAACAUCUAAUUGCUCAUUUUGCACAGCGUACCUUCUAGAUAUUUUUUGUUUUGUUUCAAAAAUGAUUUUUGCUUAACUGAAAAUUGAUUAUUUCUGAAUUUUACAAUUUGAUAUAUGUUUUGAAAAAUCAUCCGCUUGAAAAAAAAAGAAAAAUCGGAAAAAAAGCUGGGAUGAAUAAUUCAACAAGUUUUAAUUGACAACUUCGCUACGAUGUUUUUUGACUUGAAAAAACUUCAAAUGAAAAUGAAGUUUGAUGUUUCUUGAUACAAAUUAUUCAUGAUUUAUAAAUAACAAUUUCUGAAUUUCAGCCAAUGUUACUAUGGUUCAACGUACAAGAUGAUGUCACAUAUAUUUUCGGAAUCAAAUUCCGAAAUCGUUCCCUAGUCACACUUUUCGCGUUUAUUCAACUGAUUGUUGCUUGUGUAUCUUUUGCUCAACACAUUUAUUCCGUUGCUCGAUUCAACAAGGUAAUUUUGAUUUUUGAAAAUUAUUUAUCCAAAAAUUAUACUUAUUUUUGCAGAUUUUUUUCUGCUCAUUCAACGAAACAAAAGAUUCUGGCGAAUUUUUAUCACAUGAUGUCAUUAUUUUCGACUUUGGUUUAUUCCACGAACUUAUACACGUAAGAUUAUAUAUCACAUUAAAUUAACAAAUAUCCAACACAAAUACUUAUAGGUUCAAGAAUGUAUAGCAAAUUAUUUGGAUGGAGGAUAUAUGCGAUGUUUAUGGUGUUUCACACAAAUUAUUGGACUUUGUUUAACGAUUUGUGAGUUUUUGGGGAGGUAGAAUUGAAAAAUCCAAGGCUAAAUUAAGUCCUGAUGUUAAGCCUGAAUUUGAGCCUGAGGUUUUGAAUAAGUUCAACAAGCCUAAUUGUAAUUUUUUUUAUAUUUGAGGUAUCGAACCCGCACUUAAGCUCUACUAAUAAAGAAAUAGGUUCUCACUAAAUCAUCUUUAGCCUCCCUCCUUUUUUUUAUUCCUCUGAAAUUUAUCCUAAUUUUAGACACAACACUUUGUAUUCCAAAACCACAUCCUCUACUUCUUUGGCCGAUGUUAAUAAUUCAAAAUGCUUAUUGUUUUGGUUUGGUUAUUUUGACAAUUGCAACAGCCGACAAAGUAAGUGAUUUUUAAAAUUUCGAAAAUUAAUUUAUGACCUCCUAAUUCAAAAUAUUCCAGUUACUAGUAGCAAUUUUCCACCCAACAAACGCUCAUCUAAACCUUCUAAUAUUAUAUUAUGCUGUUGGAACUUGUAUCAAUCAUUUUUUCGAUUAUAUUCUUUGGCAUUAUUAUUGGUACGAAGAGUUUUUAUAUAUCGGAAGAACUGGAAAACAUGUUAUACCAUUUUGGGUUUGA